AUGCCAAAUUGCCCAAAUUGCAGUAAACCAGUCUAUUUCGCCGAACGCGUUUCAUCGCUCGGAAAGGAUUGGCACCGCCCGUGUCUUAAAUGCUAUAACAAAACCUGCGGCAAAACAUUAUCCGCCGGGAGUCAUUCCGAGCACGAGGGAAAACCAUACUGUAACCGUUGCUACGGGGCGCUGUUCGGUCCGAAAGGAUAUGGACAUGGAGGUACUGAGUCACACACAUUCCUUCGCGGAACCACUGGAUAA